AUGCCAGCAGACUUCGGAGCAAGCUCUUACGCAAGCAGGUUGACUCCUCGUACGGAGAAGGGAGGAGGGCUGGGCCUUCCAGAGCAUGCGGAGGAAGAGGAGAUAACAGCAUCCAAGAUCUUGAAACUCGCCGACUUGAUCAGAACCUCGAAGAAGUGCGUGGUGCUGACAGGCGCUGGGAUCUCAACGAGUGCGGGCGUCUCUGACUUCCGAGGGCCCAAUGGAGUUUGGACGGCAGAGAAGAAAGGAAUUCCUCCUCCAGCUUCGAGAAGCUUUGAGACUGUUCAGCCGACCCUGACGCAUAUGGCGUUGUUGGGGUUAGUGCAAGCGAAGAUGAAUGUGGAUGGCCUUCAUCUUCGAUCGGGUCUACCUCGUGAGAACCUAGCAGAGCUACACGGCAACCUCUUCAUCGAGUCCUGCGAGAUCUGCGGAUGGGAGUACCUGAGAGACUUCGAUGUCGGAGGAAUCAGCUUUAGCAAGACAGGGAGGGAGUGCGAGCGGCCGGGCUGCGGUGGUGCCUUGCGCAACAACUUGCUGGACUGGGAGGACGCUUUGCCGGAGCAGGAGUUUCAGGCGGCUGAGGAUGCCCUGCGGUCGAGCGACCUGUGCAUCUGCAUGGGAACUUCGCUGAGGAUCCGUCCUGCCUCGGAGCUCCCGCUCAUCACGGUGAAGAAUGGCGGGAAGCUCGUCCUGUGCAACCUGCAGAAGACGCCCAAGGACAGGCACGCCUGCCUCAAGGUCCACGCGCCUAUCGAUGAGGUCAUGCGCGGGGUCAUGGCGGUCCUGGGCGUUAGGAUACCCAAGCUGUACAUAAGACUGACGACUGUCAAGAAGAUGUCAAAGUCAAAGAGGAAGGAACUGGUAGGGAUACGGACGAGGAGAGAGCCGUUAAGGAGAAAGAAGGCGGAGAAUCAUCGAGCCCAGUAA